GUCUCUCUCUGCGAGGCGCUCCGAGGCCGGACCGAGACCAGCCGGCGCUGGGUCGGGGGGCGUCCUGGGCUGCAGGGAGGAGAGGGGGGGCAGCCAGGCCCACCGCCCCGGGGGCCGAAGCACACCUGGAUCCCAGCCGGUGCCCACCCACCCCCGACCCCCAAGGCCGGACCCUCUGGCCCAGCAUGCCUGGGAAGGACCCCGAUGGCAGAGCCCGGAGCAGCCGGAGGACCCCCGCCGCCGCCCACUGAUCCCCCGGGGAAGGAAGGCAGUCGGGGCCGGGGGGCGCCCCCACCGGCUUCUCUGCCCCCUCCGGCGUCACUUCCGAAGGAGCCAUGGACCCCCAAUCUCUGGAUGCCGCUGUGCAGACCACCUUGUCGGGGCUCUUCCCUCCUUUCGAGGUGACGGCUCCCACGGUGCUGAGCCAGCUCUUCCGGGUCCUGGAGUCCAAGUACCACGGAGACGGGCUCUGCUGCCUCCUGGACUUCCUCAUCCCUCUGAAGCGUCUUUUGGAGCACAUCCGCCAGGCCGCCUGUGCUUCCUACUCCGGCCGGGUCUUCCUGCACGAAGGCUGGCCCUUGUGUCUCCAUGAGAAGGUGACAGUCCAUCUCAGUCCCCUCAACCCGCUUCUUCUCCGCCCUGGAGACUUUUACCUCCAAGCUGAGCCUUGUGGGGAGCAGUCGGCCUGCCUGGUGGUGAAGUGUCUCUCCAGGGACUUGACCACUGCUGCGAAGGUCCCCAUCCCUGAUGCCACAUGCUCGUGGCUCUUCACCGAAGCGUGGUUGGAGAACGUCAACCGGGACCUGGAAGGGCCAACCCUGCACACUUGCCUGGUGGCCACCGGCAACGGGAUUGUCCCCGUCCCCUGGAAUAAAAUCGCUACCCCGGAGUUUGUGCAGCUCCCCAAAACAGAACAUCUCAUGGAGAAGGAUUCCAACCAUUCGGAGACCCUCGGCCUGUUGAACGCUGAGCCUCCAAGCAGCCACAGCGGUGGAGACCCGGCCUCCAGACCAUCUCCAGGGAAGUAUCCGGGACUCAUCAAGGUGGACCAAGGUUCCUGGAAGAAGACCACCCUCUUCGUGGUGCCCAGCCUGUGCGACAUCAUUAGCGAGAACCUGGAAGGCGAGUACGUCAACCUGGUGGAGUUUUCAGAAGCACCUCCCAAGGUUGAGAUGUCUUCUCCAGCCGUGACCCCUCAUCCCCUUCCACCCGAAGCAUUUCCUGCGGCUGAGAAGAAGGGGCUUCUUCAGGCCAAUGGCGAGACCGGACCUCAGGUGGCCGCCUGGAAUUGUGGGAAGGAGGAAGAUUUGGAGGCGGGUCCUUGCACCCCCUGUUUGAGAAGGAAGCUGAGCCCGGACCCCAAGAUCCACGAGCCGCGGUGCCGCUACCGAGACUCCUACAUGGCGGCUCUCCAGAAUCCCAUCAGCAUCAACUCGGGGCUGAUGGCGGCCAUCCUGGAGGAAAUGGACUUGGCUCAAGCAGCGUCCGCUCCAGAGGACGGCGAGGUCCAGCUGGGCGAAGGGUCAGGCCAAAUGGCCUCUCCGAACCCCUUCGAGCACUCCAACAAGGGCCGGAAAGUUGAGGAAGGCCCCAAGUCGGGGGCCACGAAACCCGCCAAGUCUCCAGCCGAAGGUCCUGCGGGCAGCAGUAAAUUCUCCUUCCGGAAGGGCCACCGUCCCUUGGCCUCUCCUGGGGAGGGGUCUGGGGGUCCCGAAAAAGCUGGGAAGGGCCCAGAAGGGCCCCGGAAGAAAACCUUGAUGGUCUCCUCUCCGAAAGUGGCCAGAGCGAAGCCAGCAUCUGGGAAGGGUUCCAGUCCGACUGAAGCAGCCUCUGGGGAUCCCGUGAGACCCCUGAAUCUGGACCCUGUUGGCGUGACCCCGUCUAACACUGAUGCCCUGAUCGACGAGUCUUUUGUCCUGGGAUCGAGUCCCUCCGAGUCGGUCCCGUGGGAUCUGCUCAACUCCCAGCUUUUAUCUUCGGGGAUGGCCCGUCUGCCAGGCAGCGUGGACAAGCUCGGGAGGCCCCUGGUUGAAAUCCCCCAAAAUGGAGGAGGCUGGCAGGACCCCGGGUGCUCCGUCAGAGAGUUGGCGCGGCUUCUGCUCUGCCUUUGCUGCAUGGCCAGGAAGCGCUCCAACGGCCAGGGGGUGGUGAUUCUUGUGGAUGCCAGGAAAGAAGCCCCUCCUCCCACGCUCCCCACCGCCCUGGGAUCCCUCCAGAAAAUCUUUCCUGGAUCCAUCCAAGUUCUUCUGCUGGUGGCAGAGAAGGACACCACCUCUCACCUGGAGAGGUUCCUCGGCCUACAGGUGGAGCCAGUGACCUCUGUGAAAGCUUUGAGCCGCCACGUGGACCACGGCCAGCUGACCCCGGCUUUUGACGGCCACUUCCCCUACAACCACGGGGAAUGGGUGCAGUUCUUCCAGAAAGUCCACCAUUUCGUCAGUGGUCUCAAAAAGGCCUCUGAGUUGCUGCGGACCACCACCCAGGAGCUGGAGAAGGAAGAGGCUCUGGAGACCUUGCAGCGAGGACUGCCUGGCCCAAAGCGACCCAAAGAGCAUUGGCUGACCGGUGGCCUCGUCCCCCAGGCGGUGGAGCGCCAGCUGAGCAGGCACCGGCAGCUCAUGCAGGAGGUUCUGCGCAAUGCCCAGCUGGUGAGCCUGCAGAGGGAAGGAGGCGCCACCCUGGCCCGGCUGCGGAAGGAGGCGGCCCGACUCGGCUUCAAUCCGGACGUCCGGCAUACUUUCGAGAGCGCCCUGGCCGUCUACAACCUGGUGGAGGAGGAGGUUCACACGCUGGUGACCAAAUCCAACGGUUGCUUGGAGCACUUGGAGUUCCUCAAGAAGAUCCGGGAACUUGAGGAAGAAUUUAACCAGGUCAGUUUGUGGAUUGAGGAAGAAGGAGAAGCCGAGCUGAGCCUGGUGGGACUGGCGGAGGGCAGCCUGGAGAACACGGAGGACUCCUACCGGCGGUUUAAGGGCUUCUUCAAAGAAGCCACGGUUCACUACAACCGAGGCCUCUCUUUAUCCAAGGAAGCUGCCAAGAUCCAGGGCUUCGGGUUUCCUGAGAUGGCCUCCUUUGAAGCAACCAAGGGCGCCUUCCAAGCUCGCCUGACCAUGUUCUACAUGGACAUGGAGAUGAAAGGGGCAGAGCUGGAAGCAUUCCUGGACCUCUACAGGUUCUGUGAGAAGGUCACGGAGUUUCACCUAGACUGCAAGCAACAUCUGGCCCAGUGGCAGGCCAGGGAGAAGGAACCCAACCUCGUGGAGGUCCAGCAGGACACCGAAGAUGCUCUCCGGCGAAUGUCCCAGGACUUUUCAGAAGAGAAGUUCCAGCAGAUGAAGCUCCAGGCAUCCAGCAUGCACAGUGAAAAAGGUCACUUGAUUUGGAGCGAAGCCUUGGAACGAAGCAAAGAAGCCAAGGAAAUUCUGGAGGGCCUUCUGACCAGGUUCCAGGAGACCAAGGGAAUCACCGCAGGAGACCGGGUGGACGAGAGAGGCCCUUCAGCUCCUGACUCAUCUUUGCCCAUCCCAGCUGAUGCCCUCAACGCCGGUGAGAUAUUGGAGAUUCUGGAGCCAUUCUCCAAAGAAACUACGGACAGAAUCGACGGUGUUGACCCUUCCUCUCCAAAGAAGUCCUCGUGCAUCAGCUCGGACACCGGGAUGGGAGGCAACAAGAAAUCUUCUCCAGGUGCCAUCUUGGAAUCUGGUGGGCCUGCCCACAAACAUCUGGGCGAGGAAGGAAGGCUUCAAAGGAACUCCUCGGGUUCUCCUCCAUUGCGUCGUUCUUCUGCCUCUUCUCCUAAGGCACAGCCAAGGCCAGGAACCGGUGAGACUCUGCCACCGGCCGGCCAGCCUGGUGCUCCUCUGCUGGUGAGAGGUCCACGUCCCCAGAAGCGAGAGAGAGCCCAGUACUUCCAGCUCUCCAGACACGGGAGUUUUUCUUCAGAAGAUGCCGAUUCUCAGAACUCGUCUGAAGGUGCCCUGGACUCCGGUAGCACCUGGUCCAUGGAACUGCAGGGCCCCAAAGCAGGUGGGGCUCAGGAAAAGGGGAUCCUCUACCUGGAGAACCACAGUCCAAGCAGUGGCUCAGGUCCGGGGAAAGCAGAGACUUGAGGUGCUGAGGUUCUGGAUUAUCUCUGGGCCGUCUUCUGGCCAACCGAUCUGGUGCUGAGAACAUUCCUGGUCUUUUGGGUGCUCCAGGAUCCCAGCUGUAUUUUUGCCCACAGGUCAUUCUGUUUCUUCACACUGAGAGGGCAAGCCACUAGUACACCUAGGAUGGAUGAUGUUACCUUGUCAGGUAAUCCAACGUCUGCAAGAAAACAAGCAAGCUCAGAAAGCACCAAGGACCCUACAGUCCUCCUCCUCCACCUCCUCUCCACAACCCCUCCUCCCUUCUAGCGCUGGUGAUGUUCCCUAGGUGGGUCAGGAAACAUCUGCAAGAAAACCACCAAGUUCAGAAAGCACCAAGGACCCCACAGUCUUCCUUCUCCCCCUAUCUCUCACCCUUCUCUUCCCCCUCCCCUCCUCCUCCCCCUCCCUCCUCUUCUUCU